UUGGGUACAUGGUUCCAUGCACAAUUAAUUGGACCUUUUCGUGGUGUUUUGAUUUGCGCGAGAGCGAAACUGCGACAAUGGCCAUGGUGUCGGUGGUGGUAGUGUUGGUGUUGGUGGUGGUGGUGUUGGUGGUGGUGGUGGGGGAUGGGGUGAAGGCGGACAUCUCCAAGCACAUGACGGAGCUUGCCGCCAUUGCAGAGGAGCACCUUCGAUCCAAGCACUCCAUGUUUGACAGCAACUUUGACCUGAAAGCGGCGUUCAAACUGCACGACUACAAUGAUGACGACCACUUGGACAUGAAGGAGGCCAGCUUCUUCUACGAGGAUGAUUUCCUCACCAAGAAACAGCUGAAAGAGCAGCUGAAGGCGGUGUUUCAAACCAUGGACAUGGACAAGGACGGCCUGCUGUCGUACAAGGAGUUUAAGCGCUUCUACAAGAACGUCAUCCACAACAAACCCUUGAUGCCCGAGCUGACGGACGAAUCGCCCAAACACGCCAACAAGCAGCAGCAGAAGAAGAGGGAGAGCACGAGGACCAGCAGCAGCAGCAGCAGCAAGGAAAAGAAGCAGGGCACGCGCAGGCACUAACGCGACCGCUUGUGUCGCGCCCAUACCUUGCUUGGUUAUUGCUCUUAUCACGACAACACCUGCCCCUCUCCCUGUUUACACCUCAACACACGGCCUAGUUGACAUUGUUACAUUCACGUUGCAUGCGUUUGCAGUGGCCUGCCAUCAUGGGCUUGUCUAAUGAAACCUCAAACAGGAA